GAUAACAACAGUUAUCGGUUUUUUUGCAUCGCUAUUAAAUUGAAGGUACUUAUUUUUGAUCCGUGCAAACAUGAAUUUAUGCAAAAUAAACGGAGUAACAAGACUUCCAGUCCUGCGGUCAUGCAUGCAAUUCUCCAGCGCGGCUAAUACGGAAGUGCAGCCAUACGAGGAAGACGAGGGACAAGAGAACACGUCUUACUCGCAGCCGGUGGACAAAUCCGGCCUGCAGCCACAACACAAAAAUGUGCUCCUUGGCAAGUCUCCCUACCAGGAGGCGCACUCCUGGAUACAUUUGACCGAGAAGUAUCAAAGACAGGCUUUUGGGCGGUACGGCGCCAAGAGCAACGUUAACCCAAAGAUCUGUUUUAACUCCCGUGGAGAGACAGCCCAAACUGAAGUUAUGCAACUGGAAACCCUGCUGAAAAUGCUGGAAAAAAGCCGCUCGCAAAAGGCCGAAGAGCUGGAAAAGAUCAAUGCCCGCGAAGACGACAUAGCAAAGAAGAUGGAGAAGUUGAAGCAGUGGAAGGCGGAUUUGCACGCGAAAAUCGCUAAGCGAGAGGCUGAUGCAGCUGCGGCGAUUAAACGCAAAGAACGUUUGGUGGAGGAGGUUCGCAGGCACUUUGGAUUCAAAGUGGACACCCGUGACGAACGAUUUAAGGAGAUGCUCGAACAGAAGGAGAAGGAGGACAAGCGGAAACAGAAGGAAGCCAAACGCAAGGCAAAAGAGGAAAAGAUGAUGGCCAAACUGGUGGAGAAGACAUCAUCAUCCUAAUGUUACUAUAGUUCUUAAGCCUGGGAGCUCUUGUUCGUUGCCAUUUAAAAAGAAAAAGCAAUCCGACUAAUAAAUUUACUUGGAACGUA